CAAUCUUUAAGAAAGAAAAAAAAAAAAAAAGAGGCUCAUAAAACGCCUUUCACCGCUUUUGUUUCUUUACAUUUCUUCCUCCUUCUCCAUCGCGCCGCCCUCUCUACGUCUCUCAAAAUAGCUCAGAUGUCUGCAAUGGAACAAGACACAGGGAUGUUCAAAGUCCAACAAACCAUAGGAAGCGUCCUAUGUUGCAAGUGCGGUGUCCCCAUGCCACCAAACGCAGCCAACAUGUGCGUCAACUGCCUCCGCUCCGAAGUCGACAUCACAGAAGGCCUCCAGAAGAGCAUCCAAAUCUUCUACUGCCCAGAGUGCACCUGCUACCUACAACCACCCAAGACAUGGAUCAAAGCCCAAUGGGAAUCCAAGGAGCUUCUAACCUUCUGCAUCAAGAGGCUCAAGAAUCUCAACAAAGUCAAGCUCAAGAACGCCGAGUUCGUCUGGACCGAGCCUCACUCCAAGAGGAUCAAAGUCAAGCUAACAGUCCAAGCCGAGGUUCUCAACGGUGCUCUUCUCGAGCAGUCUUAUCCUGUUGAGUAUACGGUUAGGGAUAAUCUCUGUGAGUCUUGCUCGAGGUUUCAGGCUAACCCUGAUCAGUGGGUUGCUUCUGUUCAGCUUAGGCAGCAUGUUUCUCAUAGGAGGACGUUUUUUUAUCUCGAGCAGUUGAUUUUGAGGCAUGAUGCUGCUUCAAGAGCUAUUAGGAUACAGCAGGUUGAUCAGGGGAUUGAUUUCUUCUUUGGGAAUAAGAGUCAUGCUAAUAGCUUUAUUGAGUUUUUGAGGAAAGUUGUUCCUAUUGAGUAUCGUCAGGAUCAGCAGUUGGUGUCUCAUGAUGUUAAGAGUAGUUUGUAUAAUUAUAAGUAUACUUACUCUGUUAAGAUUUGUCCUAUCUGCCGUGAGGAUCUUAUCUGCUUGCCUUCCAAAGUUUCUAGCGGGUUGGGGAGUCUUGGUCCGCUUGUGGUAUGCACUAAAGUUUCUGAUAACAUCACUCUCCUUGAUCCGAGGACCUUGAGGUGUGCGUUCCUGGAUGCGAGGCAGUACUUUCGAUCUGGGUUUCGGUCUGCGUUAACUAGCAGGCACCUUGUGAAGUACUUUGUGUUUGACGUGGAGCCACCUGUUGGUGAAGCGACUGUUGGUGGGCAAAAGUAUGCUUUGUCCUAUGUCCAGAUUGCACGUGAGUCAGACAUUGGGAAGAUGUUUUAUGUCCAGACUCAUCUAGGGCAUAUCUUGAAACCAGGAGAUCAAGCUUUAGGGUAUGACAUCUAUGGAGCAAACGUGAACGAUGAUGAGAUGGAGAAGUAUCGUUUGAGUGUGAAGAAUGGGCUUCCUGAAGCGAUUCUUAUCAAGAAAUGCUAUGACGAGCAGAGGGAGAGGAAGAAGGGGAAGCCACGUGCGUUUACUACCAAGAAGCUUCCGAUGGAGAUGGAUGAUUCGAGAGGAGGAAGAGUUGAUCCAGAGAGGAUGGAGAAUGAGUAUGAAGAGUUUUUGAGGGAUCUUGAAGAGAAUCCUGAGCUGAGGUUUAACAUAUCAUUGUACAAGAACAAGGAUUACCAAGAGUCUGAGACUGCUUCGAUGACUGAUGGAGAAGGUGCACCGACUGUGCCGAUUGAGGAGUUGCUUGCUGAGCUUGAGCUUAGUGAGGAGGAGGAAGAAGGUGAUGAUGAAGAUGACAUGGAUGAGUAGUUUUGCAUUACCAGAGACACUCAUGGAUUUGGUUUUGUUCCCGGAACUGUUUUCUCUUUACUUUUGUUUAAUUUUGUCGAAAUUAUGUUUUGUGUGCGAGCGGAUUGAUGUUAUGCUCAACAGUUUUUGUUCUAGCUUUAUAAUUUUUCUGAGACUUAUUUAAUGGGUAUUAUACUUUGUUUGAAAUUUUGAUUUUUUGGCAACUACGGAGGAAGCUAC